UCCAAGUAUUUAUCCCAUUAAAAAUUAAAAUGAAUAAUUUAGUGGAAAAAUUCAUGAUUUAUUGACUUUUCUUUAAGACAUUUUAUAGGUAAGAAAAACUAAAUUAUGAGAAAAAAAAAAAGCAUUUUUUAUUGAAAAAUGAAACAUAAAAUUCUAAAAGAAACUUUUAUGAAAAAUUAAUUCAGGAAUUAUAAAAAAAUCAAUUCUUUUGCAAAAUCUAAUUUCUCAUCUUCCGUGACUUUUGCGCUUGUUGUUAUCCCAUUUAUAUUGAAAAGACAUUAAAUGUGAUCAGUUUCAGUAGAUAAAAUGUGGAAGAUAUAAAAUUUUAUAUAAUGGCAAAAUGUUUCUGUGGCGUUUUUCUUUUUACUAUGUGGGAAUCUUAAGUGAGUUUUAAUUCACACAGAAUGUCUUCAAGUGCUUCUUGAUCUUGUGAUAUGAAUGACUCUCUUGAAGAUGAUCUUUUUAAGCCCCCCUCCCCAUCCCCCAAAAAGUGACAAGACUCUUUGGGAAAAUACUCCGCAAGUUGUCUUCCUGGGAAAAUAUUUUGUGCAAAUUUUUGAUAAAUUUGUGAGAUUAUUGCCAUCAAUUGAUGGGUUUGCCCUUUUAAACUCACUCACAGAUGCACAACAAAAUGUCGAGAAUGGGGGAAAAAUAGUGCGGUGAUGUCGUGGAAAAUGAGUGCAAUGGGUUGAGGAGACGCGCGCGGUGAUGUAAUUGAUGUGAAGGCAUUUUCUCACACGUUUUGCUCGCGCGGCAAAAGGCUGAUGCCGUUUUUUUUUUCCUUUCAUUCUUUCAUUAAAAGAGUUUAGAUUGUGUGUGGGAAAAUGUGGACGCGAGUUGAACGGUUUGGCUCUCUAAAUAUACCAAACCGACCAUUUUCACGAUGAUAUCCCACCACAGAGCCUCAAACAAGACUUUUCCAAGUCUAUAAUUAAAAGAACGACAGUUUGGCUGUCCUGCUCAAAAUUUCCCAUUUCCACUGUUUGCGGGAAAAAGAGAUUCGAUUUGAAUGUUCCUUGCCAGAUAGAGAGAAAGAUUGUCGGAAAAAUAUAACCAUGAAGUUAUGUUGAACAGACCCCUGGCAGAUUUGAUGAAGCAACAUAAUUUUUGAUUAUUUAUUUUGUUGAUUUUUUUUUAUUCUUUAAUUGGAUUGAUUUAAUUCAUUAUUCUCUAGAAUAUUCAAAAGAGAAUAUUAGUUUAUCCGAUUUUGCAUACCUAAACCUCUCAGUCAGAAGAAGCGGAUAGUCUUUUUUCCAGUAAAAAUAAAGUAUUUUUUUUAUAUACAUAGAGUGUUCCAUUAUUUCCGUCAUGGACCUGUUAAAAUAUAUGUAUGUGAAAAUUCGUAUAGAGCGAAUUGAAUGCUGACGAGUUGGCAUUUUCGUUUGGGUGGAAAAUUGGGUGGUCAGAAUUUCUCUGGCAAGUUAGUCUCAAAGAGUCUCACAUCACUCUCGGUUUUAUUCCAAUUUUAGUGUAGCUACUUAAUAAACUUUUUCAUUUCAAUUCACUCUUCUUAGUUUCUCUUUAAAAAAAAUCUCCAUAAAGUUUAUUUUAAUAAAAAAUAUAGUUUUUUGCGCUAAAAAAAAAGAUUUUUUUCUCGACUUUCGUGCAACAUUGAGAAUUCACAAGGAUUCCUCGAAAGAUUCUUCGAAUUUUACUCUCCAGAAAAAUGUUUAAAAUAAAAAAUACUUUUGGUGACACAAUUCCGGGAAAAAAAUGUGAAUAAUUUUGGAAUUUCAUGAAAUUGAAAAGAAAAUUUCUCCCACCGUUCAAUGAGGUUCUUGUGUGUUUAAAAAAAAUUAAUCACUAUAAAUUCUUCGAAGAAAUGUCUGUGUGAGUGUAUAUCUGCCGUGUACAAAAGCAACCACCACCACCGCUAUAAGAAGAAGAAAAGUGUGUUCCGUUUGUCAGUUUUCUUCUGUUAUUAUUAGUAUUAAUAAUCUGACUAAAUAGAAGAAGUGCGAAGAGAAAAAAUAAAGCAAAGAACAAGGAAGAAAAUUGUGUACGAAGAGAAUACCAGCUGUGUGUCCCCAUUCGCAUUAGUGGAAGUGUCUGUUGUGCGUGUGAUUUGGGAUUGAUUAGCUUGCCAAUAUAUUUUCUGCAACAAUAUUGCAUGGGAUGAUGCAGUGUGACAAGAAAUGCAGCAACACGAGAUGAUGAGUGGCAAGACGAAUGAAAUAACAGCAGAAUGGACGGUACAUGCACAACUAACACUCAGUCAUCCUGGUGAUGGAACAUCCACGGCGGAUGGUGACCCAAAACCCGUGACUGUUGUUUACAAAUGGAGUUCAGACGAUGUGAAAGAUGCUCUCGAGACAGAUGGAAGAACCAAAGGGAAUGUUUCCUUUUCGUCAUCAUCAUCGAAACGACAAGAGGCUGAUGAGGCGCAUCAGCAAGAGAAGGUGCCACAGUGCAAGAGUACGUGUAGCAUUGUACUAUCCGCCUGUGCGGAUUUAUUUCCUAUAAAUGCUCAAAAUAAAUAUGACCCAAAUACGAAAAGGAAUUUUGACACAGUUCUACUCACGCAAGAUCAGGGAUCUUCAAUGCAUCUCACCCCGAGAAUUAUUCCCCUAAAAGAUGCCUUCUCACAAACAACCCCAAGUGAUUGUGAGGUACCACCUGUGAGGAUUCAGCGAAAGUCCUCACAGACGGAGAAGAGAACCUACGAUUAUCGCAGAAAGACGGAAUCAAUGCUCUCACCACCACCCAAUAUGCAACCUCAGACACCUGUUGACGAAGGGAAAGUUAAUUCGUCCCAGUAUGGAUUGUCACGUUCUCCACUGAAUCGAUACUCACCGUCGUACACAUCCCCCACGUCCAGCAAAAGGGGUGGUAGUGCCAAAAAACCCCCGCGGACUGUUCACAUUGAUGUGUACUGUACGGCAUCGGAUGGAGAUGAGGGCUCAAGUUCGUCAUCGUCAUCGGUGUCGUCGGAAAAUGUGGAUCCCGUGGAGGAUGUUGAGUCCAAUUCAACGCCCCAAACGGUGUAUGAGUCGCAGCAAAUGAAGUUGAUGCACAAACGUGUGGGGAAGUUUGAUCUACCACGGCGUCUCGGUGGGAAUCGUUUAGCAGAAUCAACGGGAAGGGGUAUUAAGACGAAUUUGGGAUCACUCAGCAAGGAGAAUGUGCAACAAUUGUCAAGUAAAUCCAGCAUGGCGGAUGAGAUUAAUGAAUCAAAGCAAAUUCUCUUUGAUAAGCAUUUGGGUGGAAGUAGUAGUGGUGGCAGUAGGAUGUCCCUGAGGCAGAAAUUGAUGAAAGACACAAGUGAUGAUUGCCUUAGCUCCAACUAUCCCAAUUCAUCGUACUCCACAUUCCGCGAUAUGACCGUGAGCAGCAUCUCAAGUGCUCAGGCAUCCACAUCGGCUCUCUUUGAGGAUCUCAUGGAGACAUCGUGGAAGGAGUCAGAGUACGAAAUGGCCCAUGCUCCACAUGCAUCCUCAGUGGCACAAUCGUCGGAUAGUUUUGAGUAUGAUAAUGCAAAUGAUCGCAAUAGGAUACGGCAGAUGGAGGAGCAGUGGCAGCGAAAGAAUGCUGCCUCAACGGAUAAAGUGUGGAACUCGCCGCAGGCUGAACGGAAGUUCCUCAUGCAGCAGCAGAGAAUGAAUGAAUUUAUGCGGCAAAAGGAGCAAGGGGAGCGCAUGAAGAGAGUUUUGGGUGUGCUGGAGACGGAUGAUUCGGAGCAUUCGGGAAAUAUAAGUGAAUCAGACAGGGGGUACCAUCUGGAUCCACCACAGAUGGCUAAGACCCUCUGUCCCAAUGUAAUGAUAGGCAUGGGAAUGUCCGUGAAGGAACCGAGUCCAGCUUCAACUGCCAAAACCACUCAAUCCACCAAUUUGGAGGAGCCACGAAGGGAAGUGUCGGAGCCCAAAGAUGUGUGGCCCGGAGUAGCCCUGAGGCGGCCACCACCGACCUUCCUGAACUUCUCCAGGGACUCUGAGAGUGCGUCUUCAUCCCUCGUUAGUCACCUUUCGGGCUACACGCAUGAGUAUCUGUCGAAAGCGAGGAAAUUCGGAGCUGUUGUGGGUGCUCUGAGGAAACCAGGACACCAUGUGGGUCCUGCUAAGAAUCCCGACUGCCAGUGCGAGCACUGCCGACGAUGGAUGGCAGAACGUGAUAAAGGAAGAGGGAGAUCCAGUUCAAUAUCUGGUCCACUGACCUUUGAUGGUUUCCGCGCGAGAAGGAAUUAUAUUUGAAAAUAAAAUCAAAUUAUAUACAUUGAAUGUGCAUUUAAUCAAUAAAAUUAAUUUGCGCGAAGAAUUCCUUCUUUGAUUCAAUGUCUGUUGAAUUUCGAAACGACAGACAUUGAAUGAAGAAUGUCUUCUUCUGCAAAAUGUAAAUAUAUUUUACAUAGUUUUCCUCCACAGAAGAAUAAAAUUAAUCAAUGUAACUCCACAUAAAAAAGAAAUAAUAGGAAAAUAAUUCCAUUUGUCAGAUUGUUAUCAAUGUUAUCACAGCACAUAGAUCAAUACAAUACAUGUAUAAUAAAUUUAUUUUUAAAAA